GGUCCCUUCCGGCGGGAGCCGCGGCCGCCGCGCCGCGAGGGGCGGGAUGGGCCGGGGCCGGGCCUAGCGGGCGGGCGGCCAUGAGCGGGGCUGCGGGCGGCCAGGGCGGCGAGCGGGGGCCCCGCUGGAGGAGGCCGUGGAAGAUCCUGGCCCUGGGCCUGCUUUCCGCCUCCUCCGUGCUGGCGGCCGCCCCGGGCGCCGGGGCCAUGAGCAAGGAGGAGAAGCGGCGGCUGGGAAACCAAGUGCUGGAGAUGUUUGAUCAUGCAUAUAGCAAUUACAUGGAACACGCGUAUCCAGCUGAUGAACUCAUGCCUCUGACUUGUCGUGGCCGAGUGCGGGGGCAGGAACCAAGCCGAGGGGACGUGGACGAUGCCUUGGGAAAGUUUUCACUGACCCUGAUUGAUACCUUGGACACACUUGUGGUGUUAAAUAAAACCAAAGAGUUUGAAGAGGCUGUAAAAAAAGUAAUAAAGGAUGUUAAUUUAGACAACGACAUAGUUGUAUCUGUCUUUGAAACCAACAUAAGAGUCCUUGGAGGACUCCUUGGUGGGCAUUCAGUGGCAAUUAUGCUGAAGGAGAAAGGUGAAUAUAUGCAAUGGUACAACGGUGAACUUCUGCACAUGGCAAAGGAACUAGGCUAUAAGCUUCUACCUGCUUUUAACACCACUAGUGGUCUCCCUUAUCCAAGGGUUAACUUGAAAUUUGGUGUGAGACACCCAGAAGCACGAACAGGAACAGAAACUGACACCUGCACGGCCUGUGCGGGCACCUUGAUCCUGGAGUUUGCAGCUCUGAGCCGGUUCACUGGAGCUUCUAUCUUUGAGGAAUAUGCACGGAAAGCGCUCGAUUUUAUUUGGGAAAAGAGGCAGCGCAGCAGCAAUUUAGUGGGUGUUACUAUCAAUAUUCACACUGGAGACUGGGUCCGCAAAGAUAGUGGAGUCGGAGCUGGAAUAGAUUCAUAUUAUGAAUAUUUAUUAAAAGCUUAUGUCUUGCUGGGAGAUGACAGUUUCCUGGAAAGAUUUAACACGCACUAUGAUGCCAUAAUGAGAUACAUCAGCCAACCACCUCUUCUCCUUGAUGUUCAUAUCCAUAAACCCAUGCUAAAUGCUAGGACCUGGAUGGAUUCUUUGCUAGCUUUCUUCCCUGGAUUGCAGGUGCUGAAGGGUGAUAUUAGACCUGCUAUUGAAACUCAUGAGAUGCUGUAUCAGGUUAUAAAGAAGCAUAACUUCCUUCCAGAGGCAUUCACAACAGACUUCAGAGUUCACUGGGCUCAGCAUCCCUUAAGGCCUGAAUUUGCAGAAAGCACUUACUUCUUGUAUAAGGCUACUGGGGACCCUUACUAUCUAGAAGUAGGAAAAACACUGAUUGAAAACUUGAACAAGUAUGCAAGAGUCCCUUGUGGCUUUGCUGCAAUGAAGGAUGUUCGUACAGGAAGUCACGAAGACAGAAUGGACUCUUUCUUUCUGGCUGAGAUGUUUAAAUAUCUUUAUCUACUGUUUGCUGAUAAGGAAGACAUGAUUUUUGACAUUGAAGAUUACAUCUUCACUACAGAAGCUCAUCUGUUACCACUUUGGCUUUCCACUGCAAACCAAACCAUCUCUAAAAAAAAUACAACCACAGAAUACACAGAGCUGGAUGACAGUAACUUUGACUGGACCUGUCCCAACACCCAGAUUCUUUUCCCAAACGACCCGAUGUUUGCUCAGAGUAUUCGUGAACCUCUGAAAAAUGUGGUGGAUAAGAGCUGUCCCAGGGGCAUCUCCAGAGUAGAAGAGAGUUUGGGAAGUGGACCAAAACCACCUUUGAGAGCCAGAGAUUUCAUGGCCAGUAAUCCUGAACACUUGGAGAUACUGAAGAAGAUGGGAGUCAGUUUGAUCCAUCUGAAAGAUGGGAGAGUGCAGUUAGUGCAGCACGCGGUGCAAGCAGCAAGUUCACUGGAUGCUGAAGAUGGGUUACGGUUCAUGCAGGAAAUGAUUGAGCUCUCCAGUCAGCAACAGAAAGAGCAGCAGCUCCCUCCUCGUGCUGUUCAGAUUGUUUCCCAUCCCUUCUUUGGCAGGGUGGUCUUGACUGCUGGGCCAGCACAAUUUGGGAUGGACUUAUCCAAACACAAAGCAGGGACAAGAGGAUUUGUUGCAACCGUUAAGCCAUAUAAUGGAUGCUCAGAGAUCACUAAUCCUGAGGCAGUGAAAGAGAAAAUUGGUCUGAUGCAAAGAGGCCAGUGUAUGUUUGCUGAAAAGGCACGAAACAUUCAAAAAGCUGGAGCAAUAGGAGGCAUUGUUAUUGAUGACAACGAGGGAAGCAGCAGUGACACAGCUCCUCUCUUCCAAAUGGCGGGUGAUGGAAAGAACACAGAUGACAUCACGAUUCCCAUGCUCUUCCUCUUCAACAAGGAAGGGAACAUCAUCCUCGAUGCAAUCCGGGAGUAUGAGGCUGUGGAGGUGCUUCUUUCUGAUAAAGCAAAAGACAGAGCAACAAUCUUUAAAGGUAAAACGAUUCCAAACUACAUCAUUGAUAGCAACUUGGAAAUGGAGACUAUGGACCAGAAGUUAUCUGAAAAUGAUUCACAUAAACAGAAUUCAGAAGAAGCUCCUUCAGCAUCUCAGGAUGUUGCUGCAGUCAGCGAGGAGCCUGAAGAAGGAGAAAACUCUGAUGUUACUGACCCUGAUUCUUUAUCUCCUGCUGACACAGCCAGUGACAGUGUUUCCAUUUCAAAUCAGGAUUCCUACGUCCCUGGAACUGAAGAGGCUGGUGCUCCAGAGCCAGCAUGUACACAAGGGGAUCACCAGCCUCAGGAACAAACGACUGAAACAGAGUCAAAUUCCAAAGUUAACUGGGACAAUAAAGUCCAACCUAUGGAAUCCAUAUUAGCAGACUGGAACGAAGAUAUAGAAGCAUUUGAAAUGAUGGAAAAGGAUGAGCUAUGACUUGUAAUAAUAACUUAUUUGUUAGUAAAGAAAUGGAGAACUCUUUGGGUAGAAGUGAGGCCCCGAUAUCUGAGAACUAGAAAACAUUCAGUAUUGUAAUGAGCAGCCAGGGUUCACCUGGAAAUUACCACAGAAAUCCAGCACUCGCUCCUUGUUUUGUUUUAAUUUCUCCUGUUGUCAAAAUGGGAACGUGCAAUUGAAGCAUCUGUCUGGCUCCACUGCUGGUGCUGUAACCCAGGAGGCUCCUGCAGGGAAUGGGCCCGACUCCUGCCUUCCAGGCUCCGGGAGGUCAAGCUCCCUUGGUCUCUGGAAAGCAGAAGCUGAGCACGGUGGGGUUAACACGUGAGGGCACCUGGAGGCAGCAGGUCACACUGCUCUGGGUGGAGCCAAGGUGCAGCUUCACUGGUCUCUGCUGAGCUGAAAGCCUUCCUUGAUAGCAGCAGGUGAAGCUGUGUUUCCAGGUGUCGUGUCUGAACAGCUAGAAGCAGUUUGAUUUUGUCCUGACAUAUCAAAUGGAGACAGUGGUGUUGCUCAUCCUCCUCCUGCCCGUUACUGCGAAGAGCGACCACGAUGACACGCGAGGUUUCCCUUCUGUUCUGCUUUCAACUAGAGAAACUGCAUAAACCAAAGGCAGGAUGUGCUUUGUAGGCAGGUCCCAGCAGGGAAAGUCAGACAGCCUUGGGGUCUACCAGGUCUAAAGGUUCACAACGUGGUGUGGAAGUUGUGCUUGAGGUUAAGGUGCAGUGGACGAGGCAGGUGUUGAGUUACAGGUAUUUCUCUUGGCCUUCUGGGUUGAAAAACUCCAUCUACCCUGAGAUACAGAAUUUAAACUGGCAAUGUUCUCUGAAAGGACACUAAACAGAACUAAAUCAGCUAUAACAAAAAUCUUCCUUUUUCUACAAGUUUGACUUCUAACAGCUUGACUUUGUUGUCAUUCUUUUUAUAUGCAACUUCUAUCCAUGUGACAAGACCUUAAGGCAAUGAGGCCAGCACCAGCAGUAGGUGCAACAACCUGGGCUGUUGGGUCCAGGAGCUGCAAGGACGUUACUCUGGGCUGCAGGAGUUUGUUACAGUAAAUCUGAGUCCUCAUUUGUCAUCCCUAUUAUGAAAAACAUUAUUUAAAUAAAAAUGGGGAUGUUUCAACAACUGAGAGACGUUUUGACUGUGUCCAAAGAAACUGCCAAAACCUAAUUAACUUGAUUUAUAUCAACUGCUUUUAGUGAAUUGUGGUUCAAAGACUUGUUUUAUAUUAAAAGAGUAAAUUGAUACUGCCUAUAUGCUGCACCAGGCUAAAAAUGGAGGUUUAUAUUCAUCAGUGGAAUUAAAAAAAAAAUAAAUAACCAGCCCAAUCUGAAUUGCACCUUUCAUUUAGCUGGUGAAGUGAUGAGUGCUGAAUAUGCAACUGCUAAUUAGCACAGCCAUACUGUAUUUAUUUGUGUGUACUCCUGUACAGUAGGAAUGGAGAAAUCCCAGGCAAAUGUUGUAUACACGUGUACUUGGUGACACUUGCUUUCAAGAGUAUCAAAAUGCACAGGCACCUUUUGAGAGCAUGACAGUCAAUCAGAGUAUUGUCCAUAACUGAAUGAGAACUUUAAAUCACUAGAGUAGGAGCUGAGGAGGAAAUGGAGCAGUAGCAAAAUAGUGAAUAAGUGUCCUUUGAAAUUAAUUAGCUUUUAAAUGUAGUUAUAAUUCCUUUGCACAAAGAACUGUAUGGAGGUUUGGACUGCAUGAGCAGGGCUUGAAGCAGCUGGGGUUUUCAGUUGAGAGGGGUUUUUUUUAUUUAUGGUUUUUGUUCUGUGAGUUCCUUCACAGAACUGGAUCAUGGGAGCCUUUUAAGUGUCCUUCGUCCCUCGGAGGGAAGUGAGGUGGCCAAGUGCAGUCAGCUGCAGGAUCUGAACCACCAGGUGCAGAUCAAAAGGUUUCACUCUGGUAUCUCCUUUGACCCGUCCGUGCUCAGUGCCACAAAAGAGCAUUUUUGUCCACGUGCUCUUUGACACAGACUGCAUCUUCAUACUUGUUAGCUCUUCUGGUGGGAACAGAAUUAUUUUUGUAGCUCUGGAGGCUCUCAGGUCACUGUUAAGACUGUCAGUGCAGCAGCUAAAGGUUUUCUUUUUUUACUUGCAGAAAAUCUAGGUGUAGAUGUAAAAUUUUAUUAAAAGAUUCACUUUGCCACCACCAGCUCAUUUUUAUUGAACUGUUUUGUUUUAUUUCCACAUCUAUUGUUAGCAGAUGCUGGCUCUCCUUUUAAGGGAUUUUUUUGAGCAAUCCCAGAACUCCAUAUGGAUUUGAAGCAUCAUUCUGGUGGUGACCUACCUCAGAUGGCUGUUGGCUCCUUCCUUUUGGGUUAGGCUUUCUUUUUUUGUUCUGCUUUACCUUUGAAACCAUCGCGAGAGCCAUAACUUUUGUCUUCAGAACUCAACUGGAGAAGGUUGACCUUUUGGGAAAGAGGACUCAGCUGUGGGGGGGGCAGACAGUUUUAUUCAAGUUGUUUUCACUUUGUAUUUCCUUACGAGGAAACGGGCUUUAGUUUAACCUUUUCAUAUCGUUCCGAAAAUAAUUCAGUUCUCUUGUCAUCUUAAAAAGCGAAAAGAAUGUAUUCAUCACAAAAAAACAAAACCUUUUGGAGAGGGGAGUAAGCUCUUCCCAGAUUUCUAGCAGUCUGCUCCCUCCAUGUGGAAUACUGCUCAUACAUUGUUCAUCAGGCUCUUCCUUUGUAUGGUUUUGUACAGUUGCUCCUAUGGUAUCAAACCGAACCAUUCAGGACUCACAGCUGGAGCUGAGCACUUAUUCCUUGCCAUGUUAUUCAGAUAAGCCAAUUAAUGUCUCGUUUGAUCUUAGAGGAAUCUUUUCAAUUGUUUACAUUUGAUGUUUCUUGAUGAAGUGUCAAGGUGAGCCCAGCUUUGGUUCUCCUGCUGCGCCCCCGACCGCGCAGCCGGGCCCGAGCGUGGACAGCGAGAGGUGGAAGAUGGGACAUCUUAUGCAAAAGGCAUCAGUCAGAACGUGGGGAAAAAACACACAACCAAACAUUCUGUGAAUGAAAUAUUGUAUGUUCAGAUUUUAUAAGAUUUUUCUUUUUUAGCCAGCCCAAUUCACAGCCGUCUAUUUUCGUAUUGAAAGCUGUGCAAGAACAGGUGCUGUAACACUAUGGUUGGGUUUUAUGGUCUGCUGAGAAGUGUAUACAAUAUUUCUAAGGGCAACAAUGUACUGUGAUGUAAAAGUCUGGGCUAAAAUGUAUAUAACCUGUGUACAUAAUUGUGUACUUGAUUAUAAUUGCUGAUUGUAAAAAUUUAAUAAAAUGUAAAUACUCUGGUCA